AUGGGGAAAGGUUUCUACAUCAGUAAAGCUUUAGCGGUAGUGGGUGUUGUCCUGGCUGCAGGGGCCCUGGCUACCAUCAUAGCUCUGUCUGUCGUUUACUCACAGGAAAAGGCUAAAAAUGACAAUCAGGUUUUGCCAACAGUCGAAAAACCAACAGCGAAGCCCCCCGUCACCACAGCUGGCCCCAACACCACAGCUGGCCCCGGCACCACAGCUGGCCCCGGCACCACAGCUGGCCCCGGCACCACAGCUGGCCCCGGCACCACCCCUGCCCCAUCCAGUGAACUUUGGGACAAGUAUCGACUGCCAGGGAACCUGGUGCCGGACCACUAUGAUGUCACCCUGUGGCCGCGACUGACUCCAGAUGAGACUGGACUCUACAUCUUUACUGGUGAGUCCAGUGUGGAGUUUGUGUGUGUUGAAGAGACAGACGUGAUUCUUAUCCACUCGAAGAAGCUGAAAUAUGACGAGCCUGCAGUGCUGACUUCGCUGAGUGGAGAAGCCGUCCCCUCUAUCACGUAUUCCUUUCCCCAGCCUGUGACUGAGUAUCUGGUCCUACAGCUGGAUGGUAACCUGAUAAAGAACAAACGUUACCGCCUCUCCACUGUCUUUACUGGAGAGCUGGCUGAUGACCUUGGAGGCUUCUAUAGGAGCGAAUACAUGGAGGAUGGAAUAAAAAAGGUUGUUGCCACUACUCAGAUGCAGCCGACAGAUGCCAGGAAGGCUUUCCCCUGUUUCGACGAGCCGGCUAUGAAAGCUAUUUUUUCCAUCACUCUGAUCCAUGACAAUGGAACUGUAGCCCUGUCCAAUGGGAAAGAAAAAGAGCCAGAAUUUGUCACCAUCAACAAUCAAACAUUGCAGAAGACAGUUUUUGAGCCAACUCAGAAAAUGUCCACCUACCUGUUGGCGUUCAUUGUCAGCGACUAUGACUUCAUCAAUAACACCGUCAAUGAUGUUUUGAUCCGAAUCUUUGCCCGGAAGCCUGCAAUCGCUGCUGGGCAAGGAGAUUAUGCCCUUAAUAUAACCGGACCCAUUCUGGAAUUCUUUGCUGACUAUUACAAAUCCGACUACCCCCUGCCCAAGUCUGAUCAGAUAGCUCUACCUGACUUUAAUGCUGGAGCCAUGGAGAACUGGGGUCUGAUCACAUACAGAGAGACAGCACUGCUCUACGAUGAAUCGUUCUCCUCCAACUCCAACAAGGAGAGGAUUGCGACCAUUAUUGCUCAUGAACUGGCUCACAUGUGGUUUGGUAAUCUGGUGACCCUGAGGUGGUGGAAUGACUUGUGGCUAAAUGAAGGUUUUGCAUCCUAUGUUGAGUAUCUGGGAGCACACUAUGCUGAGCCCGACUGGCAUGUGAAAGACCUUAUCGUGCUUGGUGACGUCCACAGAGUGUUUGCCGUCGAUGCCCUGGCCUCUUCUCACCCUCUGUCGUCUAAAGAAGAGGACAUCCAGACACCGGCGCAGAUCAAUGAGCUGUUUGAUGCCAUCUCAUACAGCAAGGGGGCGUCUGUUCUGAGGAUGCUGUCGGAUUUCCUAACUGAAGACGUCUUCAAACUGGGACUCCAGACCUACCUGGAAGCAUUUGCAAAUGGAAACACAGUCUACACAGACCUAUGGGACCAUCUGCAAAUGGCUGUUACCAGUAAUGGCACUAAACUUCCUGACACCGUCCAUAACAUCAUGAACACCUGGGUGCUGCAGAUGGGCUUUCCUGUGGUUACCAUAGAUACCACCACUGGAGUCAUAUCCCAGGAGCACUUUCUCCUCGAUCCAGACUCUAACGUCACCACUCAAUCCCCCUUCGACUAUCAAUGGGUUGUUCCAAUCAAGUGGAUGAAGACUAAUGUAACUCAGGAACCACUAUGGCUGAUGAAUAAAUCAGACUCACAUGAUACGCUGAAGGUGUCAGGCGAAGUCGACUGGGUGCUGGCCAACCUUGAUGUGGUGGGUUACUACAGAGUCAACUAUGACCAGGGCAACUGGGAAAGACUCCUAAAUAUUCUGAACACCGAUCAUGAGGCUAUUCCGGUUAUCAACAGAGCUCAGUUGGUUGACGAUGCCUUCAACCUGGCCAGGGCAAAGAUCAUCCCUACAGUGCUGGCCCUCGAGACCACGAAGUACCUGAUCAAUGACAGAGAAUACAUGCCUUGGGAAUCGGCCCUGGACAACCUGGAUUUCUUCUAUCUCAUGUUUGACCGCAGCGAGGUUUAUGGUCCCAUGCAGGAGUAUUUGAAGAAGCAGGUCACUCCUCUGUUUAAUUACUACACAACUGAGACUGGGAAUUGGAGCAAAGUACCUGAAGGACACAUGGACCAGUAUAAUCAGGUGAAUGCUCUCAGCCUGGCUUGCAGGACAGGCCUCGAGGAAUGCCAGACUGUGAUCAGUAAACAGUUCAAUGACUGGAUGGAAAAUGAUACGCCGAUCCACCCCAACCUGCGUUCCGUUGUGUAUUGUAACGCCAUCGCAGCAGGCGGCGCUACAGAGUGGGAGUUUACUUGGGAAAAGUUCAUAAAUACCACCAUUGCUUCUGAAGCUGAGAAACUCCGAAAUGCCCUGGCCUGCACGAAGGAACCCUGGCUGCUCAACAGGUACCUGGAGUACACUCUGGAUCCAGAAAAGAUCCGAAAGCAGGAUGCCACUUCCACCAUUAUUUCCAUCGCCAGCAAUGUGGUUGGGCAGUCUCUGGCUUGGGACUUUGUCAGGGCUCGAUGGCCAUACAUUUUCAAUCAGUAUGGCGGUGGAUCAUUCUCCUUCUCCAACCUCAUCAAUGGAGUCACUGAGCGUUUUUCCACUGAUUACGAGCUUCAACAGCUGAACAAGUUCAAGGUGGACAACGCUGAUGUUGGUUUCGGCUCGGGGACUCUGGCACUGGAUCAGUCCAUUGAGAGAACCAUCGCCAACAUGAAAUGGAUCGCAGAGAACAAGCAGAAUGUUCUGGACUGGUUCACAGCUGAAACAAAACCCCAAUAA